GUCAGCCAUCUUUCAAUUGUGCUCCGAGCCGCCGCCAGCAGCAGCAGCAGCAGCUUGAGCUCCUCCUCGCGUCCGCCCGCCCUCCUCCCUCCUCCCUCCCGCACGGCAGCCGCGCUCGCCCAGCGGACGGGGUGUAAGGCAGCGACGUCGGCAGGAGCAUGGCCCGUACCAAGCAAACGGCCCGCAAGUCCACCGGCGGCAAGGCGCCCCGCAAGCAGCUCGCCACCAAAGCCGCCCGCAAGAGCGCGCCCUCUACUGGCGGGGUGAAGAAGCCGCACCGUUACCGGCCAGGUACUGUGGCUCUCCGUGAAAUCCGGCGCUAUCAAAAGUCUACCGAACUUCUGAUCCGCAAACUUCCCUUCCAGCGCCUGGUGCGUGAAAUUGCUCAGGACUUCAAGACAGAUCUGCGCUUCCAGAGUGCUGCCAUCGGUGCUUUGCAGGAGGCAAGUGAAGCCUACUUGGUUGGCCUGUUUGAAGAUACCAACCUGUGUGCUAUCCAUGCCAAACGUGUCACAAUCAUGCCAAAAGAUAUCCAGCUAGCACGCCGCAUACGUGGAGAGCGUGCCUAAACUUCACUCUGAUGAGUUUGUCAUUCUCGAAGCAAAAUCUUCUUCCUGUUAUUGGUAGUAAUGAACGUUAGAUCUUUUUUUCCAUGGGGUUAAAAGGUACCUAAGUAUAUGGUUGCAAAUGGAAAAAAUAGGGGACAGAAUUGGAUAUUGGCAAGUUUUCUUUCCAUUUUCAUUUGUGUGUGGAUUUUUAAUAUAAACAAGGGGGACGUAAAUCAUCGAUGUGGUCAAAAA